AGUAAAGCGGUGACUGCGCCAGGUUAAACGUUAAGCCGCGAAAUCUCACGUCAUUUUUAUUUUAUUUUAUUUUCCCUGUUUAACGUCAGGCAAAAAGUUUGAUAAAUGGACUAUAAUUGCUCCGUGGACCUAAAGACGCACAACAGAAAAUUAUUGUAUUCAUGUGGACAUGCAUCGGUUAUGGUGGCCCGGCUAUAAUAUGCAGCUUCUUGGAGAGCUGCAAAAACAGCAAAACAGCGCCCAGUUCUGUGAUACCCUGCUUCAAACUGAAGGUAUCUCAGUGCCAACCCACAGCUGCGUCCUUGCUGCUUGCAGCCCCUACUUGUCUCAGAAGCUGUCUACAUCUCCGUCUCCUCCAUUUGGACAGAAACGUCAGCUUCAGCUUCGAGAGGUAACAGCUCAGACCUUGCUGAAGCUCGUUGGCCUCCUGUAUUCUGGGGAGCUAGAAGUCAAAGGAGACGAAGAACAGAAUGAUGUGAUGGCUGCAGCUCACCAGUUUGGAAUCACAGGCCUUGUAGCAGGACAUCAGGAUGGCGGGAGGAAAAAGGCAGCGCUCCUGGACAGAAGUAUUGGAAGUUUUAGAGAGAAUGGCUUUCAGAAGGUAGAAGGCAGAGAGAGGUGUGUAAAACUAAAAAUGCAGGAUGCACAAAUUCAGGUUGAGAUGACUGAGAAGAGAGGCAACGUUUGUCUGGAGACAAAGAAAAGUGUAUCUAAAGGCACACAGACUGUUAAAAUAGGUGAAAUGUCAGUGGGCAAUUCUGCUUUUCUUUCUCAUCAAAAAGAACUUCCAGUUCCAGAGACGGUGUUCUCUGUCGAAAGGCUUUCUGCCCCUCUUCAAACUGAAAAUAUCACACUUGACAAACAGUUUUGCCUCACCCCUUGCCCAGCCAUUCCCAGCAAUGAUCCCAGCUCCCCAAGAUCCCAGGAAGAAAACAUUUCCCAACAGUCACCUAAGUCUGGAGACACCAUGUGGAUGUCGACCAACGAAAGUAAAGAGCAGGAAGAUGAAAGCGUGGAUAGUGGAGGACACAAAGAGCAGCUGGGACAGGUUAGCAGAGAUGAGAUUUCAGGAGGAGAGAAAGGGAACUCUGAAGAGAGGAGACAUUUACAUGUCAAGACAGGAAUGAAAAACCUGGCCAAGAUGUUACAGAUGGAGACGAUGAAGACCACACAGUUUUCUGUUAAGGUGAAGCUGAAGAGGAGGACUAAAGGAGAAAUGUGGGAGGUUGUAAACUUGCAAGGUGCAGAUGAAGCUUUUUCCGUUCUCACCUCCUUGAAACAGGGAUGUUCUAACCAGGAAGGUCCACAGAUGGACCUUAAAGAUGUCCAACCUCCUCCAAAGACCCAGAACAGUCAACCUGUUAAUGUGGUUUCCCCCAAAACACCAGUCCAGUCCUGCUCCAGUUUUGAUUCAUCCUCCAGUGGCUUCAUCACCCUAAACCAGAGCAGUGAGCUGGAGUCGUUGUCACUCCCUCAGCUUCUGGCCUCUGUGGACGAGACUGAUGAGCAGAUUGAAAGGUGGUUAGAGGAUAUCAUGAUGGGCCUGAAUAUUCUGUCCAACUUGGACAGCAACAGUGAGAAGCAGACCACAGUUACAGAGAGUGGUACAGGGGAGAACAACACCCAUGGAGUGGUUGGUGCACCAGGAUAUCACUUCGACCAGGAUUUGGGGACACAUAGCAGCCACUCCUCAACAGGUGCAGGUACCCAUUUUUGUUCUGGAACUCAGAGCCAGCCCACCUGCACCAACCUUUCACCUGUACCGCCUGAUACACUGAUGCAGCAGCGCUCUCAGUUUUUUUCAUCUGCUAGAUUUUCAGGGCGAAGUACUGGAAUGAGCCACGGUUCGCCUCUGUCCAAAAGUGAAAAUUCCCUUUGUCCUGAACCAGCCCCUGCUAGAUCCGUCUGGUCCUUUCCUUCUUCCCCCAGUGGGCAGAAACUGCAUUACUCUGCAUUACAGCAGCCAUCCUCCCUGAAAGACCAGACUGUUCUUGAGAUUGCACCUUUUUCACAUGAAAACGAAACACAGUCUGAGCAUACCUUGCGUCCAGCCUUACCUUGGAUGGAUGACUUGAGGCUUCCUCAAUGUCUCUCUCCUUUAGAGCCUUAUACUGUUUCAGGACAAGAUCAUCUUCUCUCCAACUCAUCAGCAAACCCUGAAAAUUAUAUUCAGAAGCAACCAUUGCUUCACAGGCUACCUUGGCUCACAGAAACCCCCGUGUCCCUACAGUUUCCCCUAAGUGCCAUCAUAGAAAGUCAAACUGCAGCUCCACCACAGGAUGCAAACAGCAGGUGCAAAACCCCUGCAGAAUGCUAUGUUAUGAAUAGUGUGAAGGAGAAAGAGUUAACAGAACUGACAUCUGAUCCCAAGAAGUUGAAGGAAGGUUUAAGUUGCAAGCAACAUGAUGCAACCAAAGAUGCUGCAGCACCUAAAAGGAAGAGGAGAAGGUGCAUAUAUUUUCCACAAGAUGGUGAUGUUAGCUUGGCAUCCAAAAAAUCCAAAGUCAGCAAUAGUAGAAAAACUUGUGUAGUGAGCUUGUCAAGUAAAAACGUUUUGGUGAAGGAAAGGAAAAAGGCUGCCAGCUCUUCAAACAAGUUCUCCACAAGUUUAGAGAAAACAAAAGAGGUGUCCGGCAUCACAGGAACUGUGAGUGAGAAAAGCAGAUGUCCUGAGAAUUCCAGUACUGAGCAGCCUCGGAUCAGGACCAGGGGAUUUGUAAGAGAUCAAGAGAAGAUGGGUAACAUAAUCCGUGAGGUUUCUCACGUUUUACCACCAGUUGUCUGCAGACCUGUAGGUGUAAAUAAACAAGGAGGCUUGCUGCUGAAGCGUAAACGUGGAAGACCUCGUAAGAUAAAGCUGGAGGAGAAUCUUUCAAACGAUGCUCCCACAAGUGCUGAGAACAGAAACCACAAUGAGCAAGACGGAGGAAAGACGGAGGACAGAGAACAGAGGAGGGAGCACACAGGAGCAGAGGAAGUUCUUUUGAAGAAGACCAGGAGUGAUCAUUGCUUUACCAAGACUGAAGGAGACAAUAACAACAACACAAAAAGACUUGGAACAUCUAAACAGUCAUGGAUGGUCACUAUGAAGGAGUUUCAAAAGCUUAUUAAACGACAACACUCAAACGUUUUAAAUGGAAGUCAGAAAACCAGUGAACCUGCAGGAGAUGCAGAAAGAGAGGACAAUGCCAAAGGAUUUGAUGAUGUGGCUAUGGAGUCGGGGAUUGACGUGGGCAUUACAGAGAAUGCAAAAACCCAGGUUCAGGGAUUUUUCAGUGUCACAGGUGAUGAAAAUUACCACCAGGUUUUCAACACAACAGCAGCCCAUUGUAGCAAAACCCACCCAGAUGACCCGAAUAGCUCUGCUAGCGGGGAGACCAGUACACUUAGCCAUGAAGACCAUCCAGAGGUGGGCAAGCUGUCAACGGAGCAGCUGCUGAAGAAUCCUGAUGAAGGAGCAUUUGGUGACUUCAGAACUUCGGACAUGAUGCAGUCUGCCAGCAGAGAUGAAGAUGCAUCUCUCAACAACUCCCACCUGCUUCAAGAAAACGUGACUCUGGUCCCCAACUCUUCCCCCCUGAUCCCUGAGAAAUCUGAUCCUCUGGCACAAAGAGCAGAUGUGAUCAAGUCAAUAUCAGAGUGUAGUCAAGAAGAAGAAGGGGAGGUAGAUGUUCUGGUUUUCUCUCCAGAGAAAAGGCCUCUGACCAAAGAGUACGAAGGUGAUCUCAACAACAUGGUCCUAACUCCAGAUGAGGAUGAGGAUGAUGAAAUGAAUGAGAUUGAUGUGACUGGAGAUGAAACAGAGUAAUGUUUGAAAAUGUACAGAAUUUUCACUGUUGGUUCGCCAAUUUUACUGUACAAAUUCUGAUGUUUUGUUUUUUUUAAAACCCAGUUUAGUUUAAAUCAGGCACUGUUUGUCUGCUGUUUUUUCACACAGAAGAGUCAGUUUGUUCAAUAUAUUCAGUGGAUGUUUUGAUUUCCAUUAAUAAUAUACAAUAGAAAAGUUCUUACAGUUUAAAUUUUCUGUGUUUACAUUAUCUAUGUUUGUAAAUUUUAUAAAUUUAAUUUUUAGUAAAAUUGAUACUUUGAGACUGUUUUAGGUUAAAGCACUUCAGUGUCAUUAUGAUGCUUUGUUAGCAUCCAUAGAAAAUAUGCUUUAUUUUUGAUCCUGUAUAUGUAAAGAUAAUCAUAUUUUAAGUACAUAAAUAUAGUUUAUUAAAA